UACGACAAGAAAGAGAUCUAUACUUGUUUGUCAAUCUUUUACAUUGUAUUCCUCAUUUUGAUGAAAUACGGCCCGGCGGUCUUCAAGCUGUAUAGUGAUAUUAUUCUUUAUCUGCAUAGGUUGAGGAAAACAGGGAUUUAUUAGAUUUAUCUUGAAGCAGAAACAUCACCAUGUCACAAGGCAGAAAGAAGAGUAAUCGCGAUUCUGAAAAAUUCAUAGAAUCGGCUGUCUCUGGAGUAGUAAACCUGUAUAAUGACACAGGCGGCUUUGGGAUUAUAACGGAGGAUAUUACACGUAGAGAUGUAUUAUUCCUCAUAUCUGCCGUUUCAAAAGAUAGUCUGCGACGGGGUGACCCAAUACGAGUUGGAGAUGAGGUGAUAUAUGAUUUGUAUCGAGCUACGGAGGGAUUCAGGGCAGAAUCGGUUCAGAUUUUUAGUCAGGAUGUGGAAGGUUCUGACUCGGAUGAUACCAAUGAAAAUGAAAACAGCCCCAAGAGGGAAAACGUUACAACUAAUGUAAACGCGAAAAAUAAUAAGUCAGAUACUGAGGGGAAAAAUCCGAACACCACCCACACCAAAAGUAAUACCGGUGCGAACAACUCUGACACUAAUCCAAACCUGCAACCAGAUCGACGCUCAACCAUGUACAACUAUUCAUAUCCUAAAGGAUCGAAUAUUUUCAGUGCUCCGAUGAAGAACACCAGUAGGGAGUCUUUCGGCUCUGGGGUCCGUAAGCAGCAGAUGCCCACCAGAAGUUCUUCUGGUGAUGGCGGGGGUGCCAAACUUGCUGGCGAUUCGAAAGAGCGAACGAAAGGCGGCGGAACCAAUGAUGACCACGUCAAGUCAACGAAAGAAACUACUGCAGAUGAGCUACCCAAUUAUGCCAAGCAACAGAGGAAAGGAACUACUGCGUCCAAGGAGAGCCAAUCUACAGGUUCUGGUAAUAUGUUUAAAGCAGACACUGAGAAGAACCCUUCAACCACUCUCUCAAGUUUUAGCAGGGCGAGAGGCAACGCGUUUUUCAGGUUGGCUCGAGGCCAAAGAUUUGACAUGGUCAAAUCUAUAAGUUACAAGAGUGCCCUUGCAUGUUACAAGAAGGCCUACAACUGGGCGUCUAGGGACGAGGAUUUGGUAUCAGCGGCAGAAAACGCGGCAACAACGUGUUGGAGACUAGCAACGCUUAAGAUGGCAACUGAAUGUGCUUCUUACCAAAAGGUGAUUCACGAAUACUUCAAAGAUGCUCUGCAGUACUUCGGCAAAGCUUACCCCAAAAGAAACUGCAAAGGAGAAAAAUGGGCCAAACAUCUGGAGAAGUCAAUUCAGGAGUGCCUACAUGAAAUCAGAACUUGGAUCGAACUUAAGGAUGAAGAUGAUCGGAUAGAUGCUCUGACUGAAUACUUGGGAUACCUACCUUCCUGUGGCGCCAAAGUUGAGGGAUAUAUUUAUAUUGCAACCAUCUAUUUCAAGAAAGGCAAAGAAGCCUUGAAGUUUGACGAAUAUGAAAACUGCCAAGAGUACUUGAAGGACUGUCGCGUUCCUUUGGGGGAGGCAGAGAAGAUGUGUGAUAAUGUAGACUCAAUCAUUCGUUUGGAUGUCACUGCGUUGAAGAAGAAUGUAGAGUACCAUGGAGGCCUUGUCAAGAAGUCUAUAGCCAGAGCAAGAGAUGCACAAGCGCGUCAACAACGGGAACUAGCGGAGGCUAAGGAGAAGGAGAUUGCGAUGGACCAACUGAAGACUGAUAAAAAACAACUGGAUCUUCUCUCGAAAUUAUCCAUCGGAGAUUUCGUCAAGCAAGUCUAUCAAUUAUGGCCUCCUCAGGGUACUAAGGAAACACAGCCUUCAUUGUCGUCGUCAACAUCGUCGUCGUCGUUGAAGAAGCUUUUGGUCCGAGCCAUCAGGCACUAUCACCCGGACAAGAACGUCCAUGAUAUCAAGUGGCAGUUACUCUCAAGUGAAAUUACCAAAUGCCUGAACAAACGACAUGAUAUAAUAAAGUAACAGGACAAUGGCGGCUAGACUUUCAUGAAAUCAAUUCAAUAUACAAGCUGUGAUUCUUAAUAGGUCUUGGACCCUAAACACUGACGCCAGGCCUGGCCCGGCGCAAGCAUUUAGAUUAGCACUUCGA